GACUUGCUUCUGAUUUUUUCCAAGCUGCUGCCCAUCUUGUGAUGUCAGCUAAACUCUUCUACCAAUCAAGUCAAGCAGAAGUGAGAAAGUAAGAAAAGAAAGAGACUGAGCGAUAUAUUGAGCCUAGAGAACCAGGAAAUGCCUAAAGCCUUAAGCAAGUUGUUUUCUUAAAAAAAGGAAAAAAAAAGCAAACAACAUACUGCAAGACUUUUUGUCUGAAACAUAUGAAACCUUUGUAGAAAAAAAUUGUUCGGGGAAGAGAGAAUCUAGUCAUAUAUUUGGAUUAAAAAGGGUAGAAGCCUGAAGUCCCUCGCUGAUGAAGUUGCAUUCCAACGACUUGCCACUCUGGGGGAAGGUCUUGAUUUCACUGCAUUAAUUUAUGCUGCACAGCAGAAAGAAGUUUGGAUUCAGUCUCAGAAGACAGAACUGCUGUAGUUUUCUUACUGCUUGACUCUAAAAGGUUGCCGUAUGAACACCAGACAUGGCCCUUUUCAAUUUAAUGCAGAAGCUGCUGCCUGUACCGAGUCUGAAGGAGUUUUAUCGAGACCUCUUUCCAAUAGAAUCCCGCUUUUACCUUGCAGUGUGGAUAGAAAAUCAGCCCUGGGAAUUUAUGAAUCCUAUGGAGCCAUCAAUUGCAGGCAUUGCCAGCAGCCUUUUAUCAAAACUAGUGGAAGAGGCUGAAAGUUUUUCUCGACGGUGCACGGACAAAAGUCUGGCCAGCAUGUUAUGUCAUCAAGCACAUACCAUAAAUGCUCGUUACCAAUCAGAGCCACUUAAUUUUUUGGAAUUAAUGAUCAAGAUUAUUCAGAAGGAAAAAAAACAUGUGCUAGAACAGGGUAAACAGUUACCACCCAGCAUUCAAGAAAAGCAGAAUGAUUUGGAAUUUAUCACAAAUCUUACUGAAGUGCGGAGUAAUGUUAGGAGAGUGCAGACCAUGCGCAUUGAGCUGAAACAAAUUUGUGAGGAACUAAAGAGGACACAAGAUUUCACAGUUCUUCAAUCUGGACAUCCAAAUGACACUUUCCUGAAUAAACUGGAACAAGAAUCCAUUCCUGAAAAAGCUCUGCAAGAGCAGGGACUGCACUGUCUCAUUCAAAAAGUUGUACAAGACGUGGGUGCCCUCUUGAGCUUUGUGGUGAGGAAGAUCCACCUCUGGAAAAGACAACAGCAGCUGUCUGGAAAUGGAGCACCUUUCGAUGACAAUCUGCUAUCCAUUCAGGAAUGGUGUGAAAGUCUUGUAGAUAUUAUAUUCCAGAUGAACCAAGAGAUUUUGCUUGUCUGCAGUGAUGCACAGAUAGAUCCUUUUCCUGGGCUUACAGAGAAACUUGAAUCUAUGUUGCACACUGUGAUCACGAGCACAUUUCUGGUACACAAACAACCACCCCAAGUUCUUAAAACACAAGCAAGGUUUGAUACUGGUGUUCGCUUCCUGCUAGGACUGAAGCUACUUGGUAUGUGUCAGAAAUUGACUACUGUGAAGGCCAUGGUGAUCACAGAGAUGCAAGCUAGAAACCUGGGAACACCUGGUCAAGUGUUAAAUGAAUCUACAGGUGAAAUACUGAACAAUAUUUCUUCUCUGGAGAAUAAUACAUCAACCAAGACGUGCUGUGCUACUUUCAAGAAUCCAAAGCUGCAGAAAAUCAAGAGAUCAGACCGAAAAGGCUCUGAAUCAGUGACAGAGGAAAAGUUUGCAGUCUUGUUUUCAACAGAAAUAACUCUCAGCAUUAACAACAAAAAAUACCAAUUACAGGCCUUAUCUCUACCAAUCGUGGUCAUCGUGCAUGGAAGCCAAGACAAUAAUGCAGCAGCCACUAUACUCUGGGACAACGCUUUUUCGGAAGUUGAUCGAAUACCAUUUGUGGUCCCAGACAGAGUUCCAUGGCACCAGAUGUGUGAAACGCUCAACAUGAAGUUCAUGGCAGAGGUGCAGACCAGUAGGAGGCUGAUUAAAGAACAUUUCUUCUUCUUAGCACAGAAGAUAUUUGGUGAAAGCAGCACAAAUCUUGAAGACUUUGAAAAUCGCUGCGUCUCUUGGUCCCAGUUUAACAAGGAGGUGCUUCCUGGGAGGGGCUUCACUUUCUGGCAGUGGUUUGAUGGAGUGUUAGACCUGACCAAAGAGUUUCUGAAAAGCUAUUGGUCUGAAGGACUCAUAAUUGGCUUCAUCAGCAAAACUUAUGUUUACCAUCUGCUGAGCAGCAAAACUGAAGGGACGUUUUUGCUCCGUUUCAGUGAUUCGGAGAUUGGAGGAAUCACAAUUGCAUACAUAGGCAAACAAACUGAUGAUGGGCCUCUUCAGAUUCUCAACAUUCAGCCUUUUGCUACCAAAGACCUAAAGAUUAGAUCUCUUGGUGACCGCAUUCGAGAUAUCAAGCUACUACAGCACUUAUAUCCAAACCAACCCAAGGAUGUAGUAUUUCAAAAGUACUAUUCAAAGGAGCAAAAUCGGAAGGAUGGCUACAUUAACUCUAAGAUUGUAACAACAGUAGAGGGUGUUGCAGUUCAGUCCCCACAACCUAGUGAGCAACAAAACCCUCAGAUCUGCUCUUUGGAAAUGAGGCAAAAUCCAACUAUCUUGUCCAUGCCAUUUGCACCAGUCAGAAAUCCCAGUCCUGCAGUCUCCCCAGGAGUUUCUCCACAUAUACAAGACAUCUCAACGAAUUUGAUGCAGUGUCCAUCUUAUUCAUUACACACAAACGUUUAUCGUUCAAGCGACCAACCAAUAGACUCCCCUAUAAUUAUGAGACAACCUCCAAGCAUGAAUCCACAGGUCAAUUAUACAAUAUCUCCAACAGAGGCACAGGUGUUCAGUUCGCCUCAUAGGUAUCCAGUUCAACAGCCUCAGCUGCAAGCCCAAGUCCCAGUGCUGCACAUGGACCUAACUAAUGAACUGCUGGAUUUGGGGUAUCCAACAGACCAAGAAAUUUUGAAUCUCAUUGCACAGGAAAGUCCACUUCCUGGUCCUCAGCACACAGACAUUGUUGAAGAUUUCCUGGCCAUGCAAGAGUGACUACACUAGUCUCACUAAGUGCCUGUGAAAAAUAAAAUGGACAUGCAACUGAAGAUGGAUAAGCUCACAAACAAAACAGAACCUCAAGGAAUCACAAUAAGUUUUCAUGAACAAAAAAAACAAAACAAAGCAAAAAAAAAAACAGAACAUGUUUUCUUCUGUUGUCUUACUUUCCUUCAUCACAUGGAUGGUGAUGUAAUGUAAAUAAAUAUCAUGAAUUCCUUGGUCCACUGUCUGCCAGAUGACAUAAAAUCGAUUCACCUGUUUUUAUGUCCACUAAAAUUCCCUGAAGUGGAUUUAGACUUCAGAAACAACAGAUUUAACUGAGCUGAAACUGACACUUCAAAUGUAUAAUGGUGUUGGGAAGGGGAAAUCCCUGUUUAUAAUGUAUAUAAAAUUACUGUUUAUUUUCCAGUUACUAUUGGCCGGAUUUGGGCUAAACAUCUUCAGAUUUUGCUGAAGCACCUAACAAUUACACAGUAUGCUAUUCUGUGAUGUGGCUUAGACCAUUUAAGAUGAACUAUGACCUCAGUAAAAAGACCUAUGAACAGAAGAUUUAUGUCAGCCUUGUGUCAUGCUUAAAAAUAACACGACCAACUGGACAGGAAAUUAACACGUACAUUGUGUACCAGAACUUUAAUAACAAAACAUUUUACAACUAUAUGUUAUCAACAAAUUUCAAGAUGGGCGAUGCACACUUCUGCUGACAUGGAGGAGGCUGCAGACUGUGGCCAUGCAAGUUUUUUUUUUUUUUUUUUUUUGCAUGUUGGCCACUGGAGACUGGAGCUGAUGUCACUUUUAUUCAAGUAGCCUAAUAACUGUAACUCUGUGACUUAGAAUGAUUUUACACCAGCAGUGUCCACUAAUUAUUAUCUGUCAAGAGUGUUUGCUGGUAUCCUGGGACAUGUCUUAUGAUGCCAGAUUGUUAUUAAACAUGUGGGAACAGUACCAAAGUUCUACAUUUAGAUAAUUUAAAAACAAGAAAAAAGAAGAGGAUGACUAUAACAGUUAUCAUUCAGUUUGAAUUAGAGUGAUAAUGAUUGCUUUAUUUUUGUUUAUUCAUUAACAGUUUUGUUCUGGAGGUAUAGCUUUCAGUAGUGGCACUUCUACUCAUAUAUAUGUAUACAUGUGUGUGUGUUUGUGUUUCUAAAUAGACACACACACUUGUCUUUCUGAUUGUUGACUGACUGUAGCCAUGGAAACAGUAACUCUGUUAUACAAACAAUGCCUCAUUUUUACUCCCAAUAAUAUGUUUCUAGCCUUCUCUAAAUAAGACAAGCUGAUAUAUGACUAGGAUUCAAGGCUAUGGCAAUAUUACCUUCUUCAAGUUCAGGUUUUACAUGGCACAUUAUAAUAUGUUAAAAAAACACUUAACAGUUCAGUAUGUCUUGCUUCAUAUGUUCCCAGAGCGACCACUGUAUUAGAUCUGGAAAAAUGGAACCUUAAACUCCAUACUAGCUGCCACACCAGCCUACUUCUUUUUCUGAGCAGCUGUAGAGGACUAACUUUCAGUUGAUAUGCUGCAGAUACUAAAUGAAAAGUAGCAAAUUUACCUGUGACAUCCCCACUCAGGGACAGUAAUUAAGGAGCCUGAAUCCUCACCACUGACACUGGAGAGGAAUAUUCACUUGGAAUACAAAUGGAUACACACAGUAUUUCCAGAUGCAGACCUCUAUGUAUCAAGUACAAUUUCACUUAAUAGUACACAGGGAACACAUUCAGCCCAUGGUCUAGAUUUCUCUUAUCUGUCUCCCUUCAGAUUCCCAAUAAGACUCUCCACUGGUACAGUUCUAGGGUUAGGUUCUCAGCUGAGUAUCUAGGCCAAGUUCUCCAGCACCUUCUCUGUGAAACCAGUGCUUCGUGUCCCUGCCCCAAGUAGCUGACACACACACUCUUUGAGAUUCAAUUUUCACAUACACAGACACGCUCGUUCUGCCAACUUUGCCCAGACUAUAAGGUAAUUCCACUGCCACCAGUCAUUUACUGUAAGGCUCUUAAAAGGGUACUCAGUUAUACUGAGUGAAGUUAAUAUUAAUAC